UCUGGAGGUUCAACAUGCCUCUCGUCCCCCAACCUCAGAUUGCCUCCCAAGUGGCCCGGCUCCCUCUGGCCAAAUUCUCCCAUACGACCACCUCCAUCGACCACAGCGGACCAUUGUCCUGGAUUCAUGUCAAUGGCAACGGAGGUCUUGUUUGUCUUUUGGACAAGUUCUCCGGGGCCCAUCGACACCAUCAAGAUUGAUCCUGCGAGUCGUAAACAACCAAGGGAUUCUGCGCAUUCACCCUCGAAACCACCCUUCGCCGUGGUGGUCAAGUCCCCUUGUCUGGCAGUGAAAUACGCGCAAAGCCAAACUCACGUCCGCCGUUUCCAACUCAAAUUCACCCAAGAUCGAGAUUACUACUCGGCGCUUGCGAUUCUAAGCGAGAUUAAUUGCCCGUUGGCGGAAGGGAGUGCAUCAACUCAGACACUGCAGAGACCACCUUCAACUAGUUCUUGGACAUCAGUGCCCUCCGUCCAAUUGUCGACCACCACAUUGAGCAAUGCGAACAAUGCAAUGACUCCCGAUAGCAAUGGGCCCGGUUCUAUGUAUCCGGUCCUCGGAUAUGAGCAAGGAGUACACAUAAGUUCUAGUCAGACCUCUGACACCACAUCCGUGCAGCAAAAAGCCAGGCAUAUCGCUCCUGAGUCUCAGAAUCUCGAGCAGGGAAAAGCAAGCAGCCGGCCUGCCAGCACUCCAGCCUACCACGACGAAAGUCAACUCAACCGGAUGCUUCCACCACGGCGGGAACUUCCUUUUGCCAAGUCAGGCAAGAGAAAAUCUAGAGCUGCCAGUGCCAGCGAGCGGACUUUUGAGCACCUCGUACUCGAAUCAUCAACCGAGCGGGAAGCCAAUGCACUCCGGUACCAGGGAGCGGAUCCAUUGAACAAGACGAAAGCCCCUUCACGACACGACUCGUAUGUCCCAGACUCGCAACCCGAGGCUCAAUCUCAACCCUUUCCCUCAACCCAACAACCUCAAACACGAGGGUCACCAGAGCUCCAGCCAUCCGCUGCACCGCGCCAAGAUAUUCAUCGUACAAUGGUCCGAGGGGAAUCUCCCGAACAUGCCGAUACCCAGCUAGUUCAGACACAGGAAUAUGUCCCUACUUACGGAAACACCUCCAUCGAGAACCAGCUCGAGCAGUACAUUGCUUCCCCAAGCGCAGAGCGAAUUGCCUUCCUGGAGAACUGGAUGUGCGAGUUACUCGAUGACGACAAGUUCCUUACUUUAUGCCAGGACGUUGAGGGGACGUGGAGACGCUUUGCAUUCGGCCAGAAGAGGGGAUUCGAGUGA